AUGAGGAAGCUUUUCUUGUUAGGGUUUAUAGUCGCAGGACUGAUUCUGGGGACUGAGGCAAAUGGGUACUCAGAGUUCAAUGUCACAGAUUUAGACCGCAUUGAGGAAUUAGAGUAUGGUUUCUCCAAAUUUAGCUCCAAUUUCAAUCCUUUAAUGGUCGGCCUCACACUUAUCCGAGGAGCUGGUGCCAAAGGAGCUGUUUGUUUGGAUGGAACAUUGCCUGGAUAUCACUUACAUCGUGGACAUGGAUCCGGGGCCAAUAGCUGGCUAAUUCAAUUAGAGGGAGGAGGAUGGUGUGACAACAUAAGGAACUGUGUAUACAGAAAGAAGAGUCGUCGUGGAUCCUCUAACUAUAUGGAGAAACAGAUUCAGUUUACAGGAAUACUUAGCAACAAAGCUCAAGAAAAUCCAGACUUUUUCAACUGGAAUAGAGUGAAGCUUCGUUACUGUGAUGGUGCUUCCUUCAGUGGAGAUAGCCAAAACCAGGCUGCAGGGCUUCAGUUUAGAGGAGAGAGGAUAUGGAGAGCCGCAAUGGACGAUUUGAAAUCAAAGGGAAUGCGAAAUGCCAAACAGGCACUUCUGUCUGGAUGCUCUGCAGGAGGUCUCGCAGUGAUUCUACGCUGUGAUGAAUUCAGAAACUUGUUUUCAAGAUAUACCAAAGUCAAGUGCCUAAGUGAUGCAGGCUUGUUCAUGGACACGCCUGAUGUGUCCGGUGGCCACACCAUCAGGAAUCUAUAUAACGGCGUUGUGCAGUUGCAGGGAGUUAAGAACAAUCUGCCACAUAGAUGCACAAACCAUCUGAAUCCAACUUCUUGUUUCUUCCCUCAAAACUUGAUCAGUAAGAUGAAUACUCCUCUCUUUAUUGUCAAUGCAGCUUAUGAUAUUUGGCAGAUUCAAAGCAGUAUCGCACCGCCAAGUGCAGAUCCUAGUGGUUAUUGGCAUGAAUGCAGAUUAAACCAUGGAAGAUGCACUCCAGCACAGAUCCGGUUCUUGCAAGGGUUUAGAGAACAGAUGUUGAAUGCUGUGAGGGGAUUCUCGAAUUCAAGAAAGAACGGUUUGUUUAUAAACUCUUGUUUUGCUCAUUGCCAAACCGAAAGGCAAGACACUUGGUUCGCCGAUGAUUCUCCUGUUAUCCACAAAAAGGCGGUGGCCAUAGCGGUUGGAGACUGGUAUUUCGAUAGAGCGGAAGUGAAGCUGAUAGAUUGUCCGUACCCGUGUGAUAGGAGCUGCCACAAUCUGGUCUUCAGAUGA